AUGUCUGCAAGGCUCAAGGGCGGUCUGUUUGUCAGAUACAAACAAAUGGAAAGGAAGCUCAGGCUCCUGGAGAUAAGAGAGGGGUAUGUGCGCAAGGAGAUCGAGACUCUCAAGAGGGAGGAGAGGCACAGCAGGGAGGAGCUUGACCGGGUCAAGAGUGUUCCGCUGAUAAUGGGGCAGUUUCUUGAGCCGAUUGACAGCUCGACGGCGAUUGUGGGGUCGACUGCGGGAAGCAACUUUGUUGUCAGGAUUCUGUCGACUGUGGACAGGGAGCUGCUGAAGCCAAACACCACUGUUGCGCUGCACAGGCACUCGAGCGCGAUUGUCGGGGUGCUCCCGCCGGAGGUCGACAGCACGAUUCCAGUGAUGGGGGAGUCCGAGAAGCCCUCUGUGACGUACGGAGAUGUGGGGGGCCUUGAUGUGCAGAAGCAAGAGAUAAAGGAGACUGUGGAGCUCCCGCUGUUGCAGUCUGACCUGUACAGGCAGAUUGGAAUUGACCCUCCGCAGGGCGUUCUGCUCUAUGGGCCGCCCGGAACGGGGAAGACGAUGCUUGUGAAGGCUGUGGCGAACCACACGAAGGCCACGUUUAUCAGGGUGAACGGGUCAGAGUUCGUGCAGAAGUAUCUUGGAGAGGGCCCGCGGAUGGUCAGGGAUGUGUUCCGGCUGGCAAGGGAAAAGGCGCCGUCGAUUGUGUUUAUCGACGAGGUGGACUCGAUUGCAACGAAGAGGUUUGAUGCAUCGACCUCGGCAGACAGAGAGGUCCAGCGUGUGCUGAUAGAGCUGCUGAACCAGAUGGACGGGUUCGACCCGGCGGCAAAUGUCAAGGUGAUUAUGGCCACGAACAGGGCGGACACGAUUGACCCUGCACUCCUCAGGCCUGGGAGGCUGGACAGAAAGAUAGAGUUUCCGCUCCCCGACAGGAGGCAGAAGAGACUUGUGUUCAAUGCGAUUACAUCGAAGAUGAGCCUGAAUGACUCUGUGGACAUUGAAAGCCUUGUGUGCAGGCCCGAGAAGAUAAGCUGUGCAGACAUCAACUCGAUCUGCCAGGAGGCGGGGAUGCUUGCUGUUCGGGCCAGCAGAUACAUGGUUACGCAGAGGGACUUUGAGGAGGCAUACUCGAAGGUUGUUGAGAGGAGCGGCACACAGCCUGCAUUCUAUAAUUAA